UAUUAAACAUUAUGACGACUGUAGGAACGUAGAAAGAUUCAAAGUUAUCCAGUAUACGGCCUCGAAAUCCUCUAUGAAUGAAAAUGAGCUCACUUUAGAAGACAUGAUGGAUACAGCGUAUGAUAAUUUAAUUGAAGUAGGAAGACGUAAUUUUUCCGCAUAUCCGGAUUUUGUACACACAAUAGAAGAUUUUACUUACAAUCUCUGGGCUAACAUGACGAAGGUUGGGUGCGGACGAAUUAAGUUUAAAGAACCAAACGGCAUGACUACGCAUCAUGUAUUUUGUAAUUUCGCUCCACGUAAAAUAUAGAAAAAAAUGUAUAAAAUAACAUAAAGAAAUAGAUUUGGCCAUCUUCCAAUGACAUAUAAUUUAAAAGGUAAAAAGUGACAGCAUAAAAAAAUAAAUUUUUUUAUGUAUUGUUUUAUAUAUCAAUAUGAUAUUUCUUUCAUAUUUAAAACCGGCGAAAUAAUGAAAAUAUCAUUAACAAAUUUUUGGUCAAAAGAGCAGUGUGAUGUAGCUUAGAAAUAAGAAUAUCUUUACAAAGAAAUACCUAUUAUUGUACUAGUGAGAAAAUAAAUAAAACUAAUCAGUAGUCAAAAUAAAA